GUGGAGGGGGAGGGCUGGAGGGCGGACGGCAGCCUCCCCCGCCUCCCGGCAGCCUCCCCGAGAGCCAGGCUCCGAGGUGGAGCUGAGUCUUGGAGAAUCUCCUUUCCUGCCCUGCCCCUCUCCUUUCUCCUGGCCGCCACAGGGAGGAGAAGGCCUGCUGGCCCACCUCAGCCAAAGCCUGAGCACUGGGGUGGGACGGUGACAUGGCCCUGGCAGGAGCCUGCUCCCUUGGCCGCCCCUCCUCUGUGUCUUCAUUUGCUAACUCCUGGCUCUCCUGCUGGACAGUCCUCAGACCUUCCCUUCUGCCACGUGUGGGCCCACAAUGGAGAUCUUACAGCCAGGGAGACCUGCAAAGCUGGAUUCUCUGAAGAAGAUUACACGGCAUUAAUCUCCCAGAAUAUUCUGGAAGGAGAGAAGGUCCUCAAAGUCAAGUUCAGCAGCUGCCUGGGGACCAAGGGGACACACUAUGAGACCGACAGCAUGGACUUCAAAGUCGGGGCUGACGGGACGGUCUUCGCCACCCGGGAGCUGCAGAUCCCCUCCGAGCAGGUGGCCUUCACCGUAACCGCGUGGGACCGCCAGACGGCCGAGCGCUGGGACGCCGCGGUACGGCUGCUGGUGGCCCAGACCUCACCCACGCGCUCUGGACACAAGGAGACGUCUGUCCAGGUGCAAGCCCUGCAACAGAGGGUCCCGGGUCCCAGGUCCCUGCCUGUCUCGCAGUGGGACGCGUCACCUACACUCCCGCCACCAGGAGAGAAAGGAAAGAAGAGUGCAGCCCUGGACCCUGUCCAGCCGCCGAAUGACACGCUGUUGCCGUGGCCGCAGCAUCAGAGCUCCAGUGGGCUGAGGCGGCAGAAACGGGACUGGGUCAUCCCGCCCAUCAACGUGCCAGAAAACUCCCGCGGGCCCUUCCCACAGCAGCUGGUGCGGAUCCGGUCGGACAAAGACAGCGACAUCCCCAUCCGGUACAGCAUCACGGGCGUGGGCGCCGACCAGCCCCCGGUGGAGGUCUUCAGCAUCGACUCCAUGUCUGGCCGGAUGUACGUCACACGGCCCAUGGACCGGGAGGAGCGAGCCUCCUACCACCUCCGAGCCCAUGCCGUGGACAUGAAUGGCAACAAGGUGGAGAACCCCAUCGACCUGUACAUCUACGUAAUUGACAUGAACGACAACCGCCCUGAGUUCCUCAGCCAGCUGUACAACGGCUCCGUGGACGAAGGCUCCAAGCCAGGCACCUACGUGAUGACAGUCACAGCCAGCGACGCUGACGACGGCACCACGGCCAACGGGAUGGUGCGCUACCGGAUCGUGACCCAGACCCCGCAGAGCCCCUCCCAGAACAUGUUCACCAUCAACAGCGAGACAGGGGACAUCGUGACGGUGGCAGCCGGCCUGGACCGAGAGAAAGUUCAGCAGUACACAGUCAUUGUUCAAGCCACAGACAUGGAAGGAAACCUGAACUAUGGCCUCUCCAACACGGCCACAGCCAUCAUCACGGUGACGGACGUGAACGACAACCCGCCAGAGUUCACUGCCAGCACGUACGCAGGCGAAGUCCCCGAAAACCGGGUGGAGACGGUGGUCGCAAACCUCACUGUGAUGGACCGAGACCAGCCCCACUCCCCGAACUGGAACGCCGUCUACCGCAUCAUCAGCGGGGACCCCUCGGGCCACUUCAUUGUCCGCACGGACCCCGUCACCAACGAGGGCAUGGUCACCGUGGUGAAGGCGGUCGACUAUGAGCUGAACAGAGCGUUCAUGCUGACCGUGAUGGUGUCCAACCAGGCGCCCCUGGCCAGCGGCAUCCAGAUGUCCUUCCAGUCGACGGCGGGGGUGACCAUCUCCGUCAUGGACAUCAAUGAGGCCCCCUACUUCCCCUCGAACCACAAGCUGAUCCGCCUGGAGGAGGGCGUGCCCACCGGCACCGUGCUAACCACGUUUUCGGCAGUGGACCCCGACCGGUUCAUGCAGCAGGCCGUGAGAUACUCAAAGCUGUCGGACCCAGCGAACUGGCUGCACAUUAAUGCCACCAACGGCCAGAUCAGCACGGCGGCCAUCCUCGACCGCGAGUCUCUCUACGUCAAAAACAACGUCUAUGAGGCCACCUUCCUGGCAGCUGACAACGGGAUCCCUCCCGCCAGCGGCACCGGGACCCUCCAAAUCUAUCUCAUUGACAUCAAUGACAACGCCCCUGAGCUGCUGCCCAAGGAGGCGCAGAUCUGCGAGAAGCCCAGCCUGGACACCAUCAACAUCACAGCGGCCGACGCGGACGUCGACCCCAACAUCGGCCCCUACGUCUUCGAGCUGCCCUUCGUUCCAGCGAGCGUGCGGAAGAACUGGACCAUCACCCGCCUCAACGGUGACUACGCCCAGCUCAGCCUGCGCAUCCUGUACCUGGAGGCCGGGGUGUACGACGUCCCCAUCAUCGUCACGGACUCGGGGAACCCGCCCCUGUCCAACACGUCCAUCAUCAAAGUCAAGGUGUGCCCGUGCGACGAGAACGGCGACUGCAGCACCAUGGGCGCAGUGGCAGCAGCCGGGCUGGGCACGGGCGCCAUCGUGGCCAUCCUCAUCUGCAUCGUCAUCCUGCUCACCAUGGUCCUGCUGUUCGUCGUGUGGAUGAGGCGGCGGGAGAAGGAGCGCCACACGAAGCAGCUGCUCAUCGACCCCGAGGACGACGUCCGUGACAACAUCCUCAAGUACGACGAGGAGGGGGGCGGCGAGGAGGACCAGGACUACGACCUCAGCCAGCUGCAGCAGCCGGAGGCCGUGGAGCACGUGCUGAGCAAGGCCCCCGGGGUGCGGCGGGUGGACGAGCGGCCGGUGGGCGCCGAGCCCCGGUACCCGGCCAGGCCCGCGGUGCCCCACCCAGGAGACAUCGGGGACUUCAUCAGCGAGGGACUCCGGGCGGCCGACAACGACCCCACGGCGCCGCCCUACGACUCGCUGCUGGUCUUCGACUACGAGGGCAGCGGCUCCAGCGCGGGCUCCGUCAGCUCCCUGAGCUCGUCCAGCUCCGGGAACCAGGACUACGAUUACCUGAACGACUGGGGGCCCAGGUUCAAGAAGCUGGCGGACCUGUACGCAGGCGGCGAGGAGGAGUAAGCAGCCCCCCCGCCCUGGCGGAACGAGAACAGCGCUCGGACGGACGGACGGACGGGAGGAGACAGCGGGCCUUCCCGACGCCCGCGGCCGCGCCACUCGGCUGUGUGUGCGGGGUCCCCGCCCGCCCCCCGCACCGAGCUGUCUGGCACGAACACUUGUCCGCCCGCGGCCGCCCCCAGCACGGCAGCUGACUCAGCACUAAGGAGAGCAGAGGCACGGUCUGAACCUGAAUUUCUUAGGACAGAAGCGCUGUUUAAAAAGAAAAUGCAAGUGCCUUUCGGUACAUGUAUCAGAUUCCCUCACACUCAGGAGCAACUAGGAGCAAGCGGACAGACCAAGUCCCCCCCAGCCCGUCCUGAGCGCCCCCAACCCCGGCCAGUCCCAGCUCUGAAGGCACGUAUUAAGGAAUUGGGGAGAAUGUGUCCUUUUUUCCGAUCUUCUAUCAAGAAAAAAAGUGGGUGACACGCUUGACAAAAUUGACAAAAACAAUUUGGGGUCCAAAUGCCAUAAGCCUUCUGAGUCCUCACGCUUUGCUGUGCACAGUUGGGGUCUCCCGGGCCCCUUGGGGGUCCCCGAGGCCGGAGGCCCCACCUGCAGCUGCUGCAGCAGCGAGUGCCCCUGGGGCAGGCCAAGCCAGUGGACCAGAGGCCCGCUGUACAACUGGGCUUCCACGGAAGUGUCUACCGCCCCUGACUCCCAGACGCUGGAAAUAGCUGGGCAGGUGGGGUUCCCAGGGGCUGUCCCUGAUGCUCCGCCAUCUCUGCCCUUGGCCAUCCCCAGGGCCCCCCAGUCAAUCAUGAGGCCUCCCCCAGGGCCAACCGUGACCCUGAAUGCCACCCAGGUCCCCACUGCCUUUGGUCCAAGAGAGUACGGUGUCCCAGGAAACCACAACCAAAACCAGCCGGCAUGCCACCAAACCCUGGCAUGAGCCCUCCACCGUCUAGAUCAGACUCCCGAGGGCCCCGCCAGAGGCCCAGCGAACCCUCACCAGUGCAAACCCCCGGAGGCCCUGGACGCCUCUGGCCACGGGCGGGGCUGUGCGGGCUGCAAGGAGACCUGAUUCUCACCGGGGUUCCAGGCGGACGGAGACGACCAGGCGGCCGGAGACGACCAGGCGGCCGGAGACGACCAGGCGGAGGCUGGCAGACUCCUCCCCUGCCCUGCUCCUCUGGACCACUUUCUGAUGCUCGUGCGCCGAUGUGGACGGCAAAGUCAGCUCCGAAUGCCGGGACAGCCCUGCCUUCGCUCUGCCAUCUGUCCCACACGUGCGUCUGUCCCACACCCGCCAGAAACAGUCUCCUUUCCUUUGCACCCGUGUCAGCGGCCCGCAGCUGCAGGGCCAGGUAGCUGCUCCAGCUCUCAGAGCCAGCCGUGCCUCCUGAGGGGCAGUCUGACUCCCAAGCCACACUCCAGAGUCAGCUCCACGGCGCAGCGACAGGGGCUGUGUCCGGAGGCCCCGCCAGGGAGCCCCCUGCUGUGUCUGUCCGCGGCUGCGUGAGAAGAGGCGCUGGGGCAGCCCUUCGCCCAGCAUCUCCCAGGGACAGCCGUUCUGGGUGUGAAGGCGCCUCAGGCCGGCAGGAGAGCCACCUCCUGGGGGAUCCUGGCCUGCUCUCGGGCUCCCCAGGGAGGGGCCUAGGCUGCCACUGGCCGCGGGCAGGACUUGGUGUCGGAGCCCCACCUCACACCUGCUCCCGGGGCCAGGGGAGGCCUCGGGAGGGGCGGGGGAGGGGUUCCACAGGCUCCGCGUGCUCUCCAUCGGGGGGUCUCUGAUCCACUCCCCAGCCCACGGCCUGCCCCGGGGCCAUGGUCCUCCUCUUUUCUAAACAGCCUCGGCCUCAAAGAUGCGCUUGAGUGUGCACGUGUGUGCGCGAUCCGCGUGGGUGUGUCCCCCCUGGACGUCAGGGUUCUUCCCCAAACCAAACUCAUCACUAACUCCAUCCACCCUCCCGGAGCUGAGCUGAGCUGGGGAGCUGGGCUCCGGCCUGUGGCCUGAGGGAGGCCCGUGACUGCUGGGGAGCGACGCGUGGACGGAGGCAGCGGUCACCGGUGUCACAUGCCGAUGCCCCUACGCAGACUGCCGUCUCCCGGACGUGGCGGGCGGGGUGGCCUGCCGAAGGGAGGGGACGCCCCCCUGUGAAGCCGUGCUAUGCAAAUCGCUCGGGGUCAGGCGGCCCAUGAGGAUUGUCCCAGUGUCUGAAGGUGUGGCCAUUCAGGAUUGCUGGUGGUGUCAGGGUUGGUGAGAUGUGAGCUGGAACCUUGUUUUUGUUUGUUUCUGGAAAGCUCAUCCUCCAGUUGAAGUUCUAAGGGUGAAUAUGGUGGGGGGCCCAGACAGCUGUGAACUCUCCCCACUGGAAUCCUGAGGCCUCCUUGGUCCCCUGGGCUCACCCCAACGAUGGGUGUGCCAGGCGCAGCCUGCGACUCGGACCCCUUGGGGCACCAGGCGCCCUGCCUCCCCCCACCCAGGAGAGUCCGUCUCACUGCCCCCUUCCAGCUCUCUUCCCCCCGCCCCUCGCCUCAUCACUGCCAGGGCCCCUGCAUCUCGCCUGCAUCACACAGGCUGAGGCUGCAGCAGCCAGCGGGGGGACACGUCAACGGAGGGGGUGCUUCUCACACCCAUCCCUGCUUCCAGGCAGAUGGAGAGCUGCCCCUGGAGGCCCCCACCCCCUCCCAGAUGCCUCCCAGAACUCCGUCCCAACCAACGAGUUAGGAUUAGCUAAACACACAAUCAGCGUCAAACGUCCCUCUUUCGUAGCUUGUAGAUACGACGGGUCCAGAUCAGAGGACGCAGCCAGCGGAGGCCUGGACUUGGUGCUGGCGAAGCGCUCGGGCAGGUUCAGCGCCUGUAGGGAAUUUCUGUUCUUGUGAACAGGAGACGCCGGCAAGAACGCCCUGGUCUCGGGCGGCGGGCACCCCCAGCCCGGGGCCACCAUGCCCGUCAGGCCUCAGCACCCGCCACCCCUGGCCCAGCUGGCCUUCCCUUUCCUGUGUCCUUCAGAACAUCCCGGGCGCCAGACCUCUCACCGCCAAAGUGUCAGGCUAACGGCAGUCGUCAGGCCUUCCCUACUGUGAGCACCGUCUAUACGGGCCUUUGAGAUGACGGCUUUGUUCUCUCCAAGGGGAGAGUCAGGGAGGGGAGUCUCGAUUUUUGUCAAGGCUGAAAGGCGUAACACCAAGAAAGCAAACCAGUCUCCCCGCUACGGAGCACCCUGAGAGACAGUUCCCGGCAACGUGGCGCAGAUAAGACAGGCCCCCCGCGAAGCAGGGGAUCCCGGGGGGGAACCUCUGUGUAUAAUUGGAACGCGUUUUGCUUUUCCUUUCUCUCCUUUUCCCAUUCUGAUUUUUUUUUUUUUUUUUUUGCAUGUUUCUUUUUGAAAAUGGACGAAAUGUGUAGCAGCCCGCAUGACUGUGGUUGUUCUGGGGAAAGAUACUGGAGUUUGAUGUAUUCACGCUGCAUCUCUGAGCAUUGUGCAGUUAGACAAACGUUCCAACUUUUUUUGUAAUCGUCAACAGCACAACUAUUUUGUAUUGUUGUUUGUAUCAUUUUGUACCAAAAAGAAAAAAAAAAAGGAAAAAAAAAAAAAAAGGGCAGAGCGUUGAUGUUUUCAAUGUGUUUUCUAGCGCCAGGCGGUCUCGGCUCUAAACUGAGUAGCAGCUUCGCGGAGUUGCCAUGUGUGGGAGCGGGCUCGGGGCCCUGGCACGCUGCUCCAGGGCAGUAAAUAAAGUCCCCCUGUUAAGUGGU